AUGGCUUCCAACGGCGCGCAGGCGGCCUUCCCGCCGGACCAAGUGCUGGAGGCCAUGUUGACCAUGCGCAGCAGCGAGACCGAGCGCAAGAAGAAGGCCCAUGAGUUUCUGGAGCACUUUCAGAAAUCUACAAGCGCCUGGACCACCACCAUCUCGUUAUUGCAGUCAGAUGCAGAGCCCGACGUCAAGCUGUUCGCAGCCACAACCCUCAGAGGCAAGAUCACGUACGAUCUUGCCACGCAAGUUCCCGCCGGCGAGCACCACGUCGUCCAGACCCAGCUGCUGGAACUCCUGAAGCUCUAUGCGCCGGGUCCCAAGCCCAUCCGAGUCCAGCUUUGCGUGUGUCUUGCCAUACUGGCCAUACAGAUGAAGGAGUGGAAGGAUGUUCUGCCGCUGGUCGUAUCCUCCCUGGGCAACCAAGUCGAAAGCCAUGCGGCAAUCCUCGACUUCCUGCGCGUUCUCCCCGAAGAGGUCACCGAGGGACGCAAAAUCACCCUAAGUGAAGAAGAACUGAAUCAGAGGACUAUCGAACUACUGUCGGACAACGCGCCACAGGUCGUACAACUCCUCAUCAACUAUGCCCAUUCAUCGCCCUCAGCCGCCACCAACCCACAAUUGCUAGAGUGCAUAACCUCGUGGUUGCGUGAGGUACCCGUCAGCGAUGUCGUCAACUCGCCGCUGCUGAACGUCAUCUUCAACGCGCUGGAGAAUGAUGACUCGUUCCAGGCUGCCGCCGAGUGCUUGUCCACCAUGGUCAGGGAAACCCGGGAGGUCGACGACAAUGUCGACACUAUACAAGUAUUGCUCCCGCGUGUCGUGGCCCUGCGGCCCAAGAUCGAGAAGGUGGUUGAGGAAGAAGAUGCCGAAACGUACAAGUCCUUGACCCGAGUGCUUUCGGACGCUGGUAUUGCCUGGGUUGUCGCCAUCGCCCGGGAGACUGCGCACUUCCGACCCCUCGUUGAGGCUAUUCUGGAGUGUGCCGCCAGAGACGCGGAUCGCGAUGUCAUUGAAUACACCUUCGACUUUUGGUACGAGCUCAAGCAGUACCUCGUACUGGAGAGGUAUAUCGAGGCACGCAUGGAGUUGGUUGACGUCUAUUCGAAGCUGGUGGAUAUCCUUCUGAAGCACCUUCAGUAUCCCCAGUCGGAAGAUGGUCGUGAUGUGGAAGCCCGGCACCUCUUCGACGGCGAUCUCGUGGCCGAGGAAAAGUUCCGCGAGUUCAGACACGCCAUGGGCGACACCCUCAAAGACGCCUGCGAGGUUAUGGGCAUCACCGAAUGUCUUACCAAGGUCCUGGACGCGAUCAAAGUAUGGACGCAGAAGUACGCCAGUCAUGCGACGGCCACAUCGGUCCCUCACUGGCAAGAGCUCGAGGCGCCGCUCUUCUCCAUGCGUGCUAUGGGACGUAUGGUUGGCAAGGACGAGAAUAUCGUGCUUCCCCAACUCAUGCCCCUGCUUGUACAGAUACCUGCCCACGAAAAGCUGCGCUUUGCUACGAUCAUGGUCAUCGGUCGAUAUACGGAGUGGACCGCAGCCCACCCCGAGUUCCUGGAAGUCCAAUUCAACUACAUUGUGUCGUCGUUUCAGACCGAUUCGAAGGAGGUUAUCCGUGCCGCUGCUAUGGCCAUCAAGUACUUCUGCACGGACUGCAAGCACCUUCUUAGCGCUCAGGUCCUUCAGCUCCAGCAAUUCUACGACCAGAUUCUUGACAAACUCCCUGAGACUAGUCAGGAAGAAAUUACGGAGGGUGUUGCCAGCGUUGUCGGUGUACAGCCCAAGGAAGAAAUCUACAGGCUGCUCAAGCUAUAUUGCGAUCCCCUAGUACAAAGGCUAAUGGCCAAGGCAAACAAUGCCACGGACGAUGAUGGAAAGCUCGCCGUGGCAGAUCACCUCCAGCUGAUCACCAUCUUUGUCCAGCAGGUUGUCGUCCUCCCACCUGUGGGGCGUGGCGAAGAGGAUGCUGCAGUCAAGUACUGGCAAGAAACCUUCCCGGUUUUGGCCAAGAUUCUCGAUGGAUUCAUCGAUUUCGCUCCGAUUUGCGAACGCGUAUGUCGUUGCUGGCGGUUCAUGGUCAUCAGUCAUAGAGGCGCUAUGACUCCUAUCUUGCCCGACAUGGCGAACAAGCUCGCUGCUGGGUUCGCAUCGUCAAGGCAAGGGUGCUUCCUGUGGGUCACGGGCGCUAUCCUCCGUGAGUUCUCUGAUGACCGAGAGCACGUGGACCAGAACAUCACCGACUCCAUCUACACCUUUUUUGAAGCGCAGGCGACAAACAUGUUGCGCUUCAUCAGCGACCUCUCGCCUAAGGAGCUUCCUGAUGUCGUCGAGGAUUUCUUCCGUCUUCUUAUUGAUACCCUCCUCUACUACCCUCAGAAGCUUAUUCCGUCGCCGCUCUUCACCUCCAUCUUCGAGGCUGCCAUGUCUGUUCUGGGCUUAGAGCAGCGUGAGCCUCUGUCUGCGACCCUUCACUACCUUCGAGACUUGCUGUCAUGGGGUAGCAGGAACCCGCCCUCCUCGUCAGAGCACCUUGGCCCGGCAGUCGUGGAGCAGCUGCGUAGCACAGUCAGGCAGUUGCUGUCAACCCAAGGUUCCACUCUGGUCAAGCGUGUGCUCGCCGGCAUGAUGCUUACCUUCCCACGAGACUGUUUCGCCGAUGGAAGUGGAGCUCUGCUCACCCUCUUCGAGAUCAUGCCACACGAGGCCAUAGUCUGGGUUGAGGAGACCAUCAAACUCUUGCCACAAGGAACCAUGAGUCUCGUCGAGAUUGACCGCCUCAUGACCAAGAUUAAGGAGAAGCUCGGCGCGAAUGAUACCGGUGAUGUUCGACAGAUAAGGUCUAUCCUCCAGGACUUCACGAACACCUACCGCAGGAGAUAUGUCGCGCCGCGAGACGGUCUGGGUCAACUGGAGACGUCACGCUUCCGAUUCGCGGGCUAG